ACUAGAGUGGUGACUCUCUGAAUACCAGUAUCAUGAAUCCUUCCAAAGAAAAGCCACUUCUUUCUGAUUGAUUGAGAUGUUGGGGGACGUCAGAGUUGCAUCAUAAAUAGAGCGGGAGAGUCCGUGAACGCUCCAUCCUCCCGACACACCGCAGCAGCCCGCGACAGCAGACGCAACAUUUGAGAUGAUGUUGGUAUCCAUCUUUCUGGUGAUGCUGCCGUCUUUGCGCGCCGCGCUGGUAGACUGCGCGGCCGCGCCGACCUUCACGGAUACGGACCCGAACACCGGCGAGUCGCUGCAGUGCGACAGCUGCCCACCUGGGACGUACCUGCGCGCGCGCUGCACGUCCACGCAGAAGAGCGUGUGCGCGUCGUGUCCCUCAGGCUCCUUCACGGAACUGUGGAACUACAUCGGCAAGUGCCUGCGCUGCGGGGUGUGCGGAUACAACCAGGUGGAGAAGAAGGCGUGCAGCGCGGACAGCGACUGUCAGUGCGAGUGUAAACAGGGAUAUCACUACAAGAAGAAGUUCGACAUGUGCCUGCGCCACAGCGACUGUCCGGCCGGACAAGGACCCCUGAGCAUCGGUACGCCCCACGAGGACACGGUGUGCCACGUGUGUCCCAACGGCACCUACUCCGACGUGGUGUCGGCUCAGCAGAACUGCACGGAGCACAGGAGCUGCGCCGCCGCAGGGCUGCAGGUGGUGCUGAGGGGCUCCACCUGGCACGACACCGUGUGCGCCAGCAGCCAGGAGCUCCAGUCACGAGAUGGAGCCGAAUACCUCAGAGAAAUCCUCCCAGCUUUCUUCGUCCAUCAGAAAAUGCCCCUGAGGCGGCUGCGUCAGGUGGUGCACAAGCUGUCGUCUGAGGACAGCAAAAGACAGGGAGGGACUUCGAGACUGAACCCGUCGGAGCUCGAUGAGCGCAUCAAUGCUUGGAUCGCCUCUGCCUCUGCGAAGCAGGUUCGGGACCUUCCGGCGGCGCUGAGGAAAGCAGGAGCGAGCAGCGCCGCAGACAGGCUGCAGAACAAGCUGCGGAGAAUCGACUCUCACCUGGAGGAGCUGAGCGACCUGAGGAACGAGGUGGAUGUCGUUUGAAGGUCAGGACGGACUGAAGUAGGAAAUGUCUUGAGUUCGACUGGACCAAAGUUCAUUUAAAACACAACCAUUGGCCUGUUUGAGAUUUCAGUUUUUUUGUUGUGUUUUUUGUUUUCCCUGAAAAUGAAAAAACUAAUCCAAACUUUGUCACCAAGCUUGAAUCGAGCUUCUGUCCUGUGUACGUAAGUUUAAGAAGAACUAAUAAAGUUAUGAUAAAGUAUGGAAGGCAGCGUGUUCCGAAGGACACUUCAUCAAGUCAUUGACAGGACGAUGUCAUGUUAAACAAUAUUAAUGCAUUGCUGAUAGCAGGGAAAAGAAAAGAAUGAAUCGCCACAGCAGGAGUACGUUCCUCGCGGAUGUACUGAUUAUAGUUUAUUUAUGAAAUCCUUUGUGCACCUUUUGGUUUGUGAUUGUAGCUGAGAUUACCCUCUAAGGUUCAGAAAGUGUUAUGCUGCAGUGUAACUACCUCGUCGUGUGUCUGCAGUUAAAGUCUGACGUGGCAUCUGUCCUACUCAUUCCACAGGUUUGUGUCAUAUGUGAGCUGAGAUUUUAAUUUAUUGUGCUAUUUAUAGGAACGAGGUAAAGUGCCGGUGAGCUCGUGUGUUGAGUUGUGCUGUGUGUAAAUGUUGCUGGAGCUUGUGAGCACUGAUUGACGCUCAAAUAAAAACGAUUACAAAUGCAA